CCCGGUGCCCGCUGUCGAGCUUGGUGACUCGGUGCCCGCUGUUCUGCCAGAUGACUCGGUGCCCGCUAUUCUGCCAGAUGACUCGGUGCCCGCUGUUCUGCCAGAUGACUCGUGCUCGAUGUCGAGCCUGAUGGCCCGGUGCCCGCUGCUCCACCUGAUGGCCCGGUGCCCGCUGCUCCUCCUGAUGGCCCGGUGCCCGCUGCUCCGCCUGAGGGCCUCUGCCGGCUGCCCAGCCUGAUGUGCCUCUGUCCGCUGCCCAGCCUGACAUGCCUCCGUCCGCUGCCCAGCCUGUCGUGCCUCCGUCCGCUGCCCAGCCUGUCGUGCCUCCGUCCGCUGCCCAGCCUGACGUGCCUCCGUCCGCUGCCCAGCCUGAUGUGCCAGCCCCUGAUCUGCCUUGUGGGCUGCAGUACCAGGGCUGGCCAG